AUGCGUCUUAUCAUCCGUGACGAUGAGAAUGAGGCGUGCAAGUAUGUCGCCAAUUACGUGGUGGAGCGUAUCAAUGCGUUCCAACCUACACCUGAGCAUCCCUUCAUCCUAGGCUUGCCUACAGGCUCUAGCCCUAUCGGCGUCUACAAUGAGCUCGUACGCAGAUUCAAGGCUGGCGAAGUCUCCUUUGAGAAUGUAGUCACCUUCAACAUGGACGAAUACGUCGGUCUUCCUCGAGACGAUCCCAACUCAUACCACUCCUUUAUGUGGAAACACUUCUUCUCUCAUGUCAACAUCCAUCCUUCCAACGUACACAUCCUCAACGGCAACGCUGCCAGCCCAGAGGCCGAGUGCGAUGCAUAUGAGAAGGCCAUCAAAGACGCUGGUGGUAUUGAUCUCUUCCUAGCUGGCAUUGGUGAAGAUGGCCACAUUGCUUUCAAUGAGCCUGGAUCUAGUCUUGCUAGCCGAACCAGGGUCAAGACACUGGCCUACGAUACCAUUCUUUCCAACUCACGCUUCUUUGACAACAAUGUGAACAGGGUGCCGAGAAUGGCAUUGACUGUAGGUGUCCAGACGGUUCUCGAGGCGAGGGAGGUUGUUGUUAUUAUUCUGGGAGCUCGCAAGGCACUUGCACUACAGAAGUGCGUUGAACAGGGAGUCAACCACAUGUGGUCACUAUCCUGCCUGCAACUGCACCCUCAUCCUAUGAUUGUGGUCGACGAGGAUGCUACAUUGGAACUGCAGGUCAAGACAGUCAAGUACUUCAAGAGUAUCGAGAAAGUUGCGCGUGAGCAGGGAUUCGAGCAGAUUCUCCCCUCCAAAGUGCGAACUGGCAACGUCGCCAUCCCUGAAACCAAGAUCCAUCGAGCUCAGAGCCCUGUGAUCAUUGCUCCUGAACCUAUUGCCUCGCAUCUUCUACGCGCAACACCUGCGGGAGACUACUCUAUGAGAACACCUUCGCCCGAUCUUUUGCCCGAUCGCAUGGCAUCGCGUAUUCCUGAACCGAACCUCAACCGCCGACUUACACCAAACCUUGAAGUUCAGACCGAUGUUCCAAAGACAAAGGUUGAUUUGAUCGACAGCGCUGUCGCCAUGUCUCCCGAGCAUGUCGCCUCUGAUUUACUUCAGCCGAUGCCAGUAGACAUUAAGACAAUGCGGUCUCCUUCCCCUGACCUUGUUCCGGAUCGCAUGGCCUCGCGCAUUCCCGAGCCAAAUCUGAACCGCAGAUUGACGCCUAACCCCGAACUGCAAAACAGAACGAACGCUGUUGGAGCUCACUGA